GUUUCAAUGCACAUUUGAUCACAGCAUAAACCACAACGUCUAACAGUGAACCAAAAACUGUGAGAACUUUAAGUAACAUUUGUUGUUUAACGUCUAAGUUUCUGAACUGUCAGUCAAUGUUCCAUGUAACUUCAGACGGUGAAUAUGUCAAACAACCAUUCAAGAUGCUUUCCAAUCAUCCUUGUAGUCGUUCAUGGAUGAGUUGUGAUCCGUGGAUCAGAAGAUUGUUCUCAGAAUAAAAAGAAUAUUUGAAGCCAAUAGUGCUGUAAUCAACACCAACAGAUUAUUCAUUCUGCGAGCGCCAUGAAUUCAUCAAGACUCAUUUUGGAUUUGAGCUGAAUCAACUGUGUGACGCAGUCAACAACAUCACAAACGUCCAAGAAACAGUUUUAACUAUCCGUGCUCAAUCUGGUUCUUUUUGGAUUUAUGCUACUUGUCAUGAUUGGUUUUUUACGCGUCGAAUCUACUACGUAAUCUGAUUUCCGAAAGUAAUCCGGGCGAGUUUCACUACUUCACUAGUCCAUUUACUAUAUUUAUAAUACUUCUUAAAAUCACGCCUACACCCGAUUUUGAUAAGAGAUAUAUUUGAAUGCUUCAGAAAACAACAUACUAGCGUGAGAAAUUGUGCUUCCUCUGGGACGACCCUACUAGAUUCGACACUGCUUUGACAGUCCUUAGUUCUGAUUAUCGUCGAUACAUAAGGUGUAACAAAUUCACCACAUUAAGAUGUUAUCAUACUGUACUGAUGAAAUAAACAAACUAUAGUUUUUGUAUGGACUAAUGAUUCCUUUGUACUUGUUGAAUGCUUGCUUUCGAAUUCCAAAAACAGUACAUUCGUUCGUGCUUAUCUAGAACUUCCUGGUUACAUUGCAUUAUUUCUAAGAUUCUUAGUUUUUGCUAUAAUUCAAAUACUCUAAAUUAUCAUAUUGGCGUCGCGAUGGAGCCUGCAAUGGAACAGUUAAAUAUUCAUUCAACUUCUGAAGCUUUUGAAAAUUAUUUAGAAACGUUUGAAAUCUGGAGCAUGACCGAGAAAGAUGUUGAGAGUGAUAAAAUUGUGGAAUAUUUCCCGACAUUCGUCGGAAAGGAAGCAUACAGCUUAUUAAAGACUUUAGCAUAACCAAAAACGCCUAUCUCACUUCCUUAUGCAACUCUUAAGGAACUAAUAUUAAAUCA